AUGUGUUUAUUCGGAAUCCCUAAAGACGAAGAUAUAGUCUUUGUUGAUCGCCGGGCUCCCCGCCGUAAAUCCACUCAAAUAGUCCGCGAAAGACGUUCCCACUCAUCUCGCCCCGUAUCCCGCGUCUCAGAAACGGUCAUCAGACAACACAGCCACCGACCUUCUACACCCAUGUCCGAAGUUCACCGGCAUUCAACCUCAAUGACCGAGAUUCACCGCGGUCCACCCAGCCAUCGCCAUUCUAGCUCCAUGACGGAAAUCCACCGUUCUCACACUCCUGUUCCGCCGACCCCAAAGCCAGCUACUCCUGUUCCCCCUCCGGCGUCCGUUGCUGCUCCACCACCUCCACCACCCCCGCCAGCGUCGGUAGGAUUUCCCCCAGGAUAUGCCCCAGGAUAUCCUCCGCCUCCUAUAUCGGUUGCGCCGCCCCCUUCACAUCAUCACCAUAUACCCCCGCCCUCACCAUCUAUUGUGCCCCAAAGUCCAGCGCCUUCAUACCGCGAUCUCUCACCUCCCCGCGUGCCCACUCCACCGGAAGAAAGCAGAGUCGAAUUAAUAAAAGUGGAAGAAGAACACUGGCCGCCGCAUUCCCACGGGCGAUCCAGUCCGAGCGCAAUCCAUGUUUCCAGGAGGAAGAGUAGGAAAGGGAGUGAUUCCAGCGGAAGAGAUAGAGAUAGAGAUAGGAGUGAAAGAGAGGAAAUUUAUAUCCAAAGAGAUCGUAUUAUUGAGCGUGGUACCCCAUCUCGACAUGCAUCUUCGAGUCCGAGCUCGUUUGCAAGGAGAGGAAGUAGAGGGAGCGGUACCCCCGAACCAGUCCAAAGUGGUUACCGUACGGUAGAGGGAACGGGCUGGGAUGAUAGAAGACCUAUUACGCCGAGUGGAUAUAGAGUUGUGGAUGGUGCGGGAGCGAGGAGAGGAAGCGGAGUCGGAGUAGUGAAUGUUCAUCGAGAGAGAGAGAGGGAGAGAGAAAAAGUAUCACCCUCGGAGUUUGGUGGGAGGAGGGGUAGUAUUCCCUACGAUAAUGGAUCGAUUGGGAGGCCGCGAAGUUCGGCGGGAAGAUUUGUGGAGAGGGAGAGAGAGAGAGGGUGGUAA